AUUAAGGGUUAGGGUUAGGGUUUUGGAGAGAGAGAGAGAGAGAAGAUGAGCCGAGGAGGAAUUGCUCCGAAGGGAGGGAAGAAGAAAGGGGCAAUCUUCGUGAUAGACUGCGCGAAGCCGGUGGAGGACAAGAUCAUGGACAUCGCCUCUUUGGAGAAAUUCCUGCAAGAGCGGAUCAAGGUCGGUGGGAAGGCCGGUGCUCUCGGAGACUCCAUCUCCAUCUCCCGCGACAAGAACAAGAUCACUGUCACCUCUGACAAUCCAUUGUCCAAAAGGUAUUUGAAGUACCUAACCAAGAAAUACUUGAAGAAGCACAAUGUGAGGGAUUGGCUGCGGGUCAUUGCCUCCAACAAAGACCGCAAUGUCUACGAGCUCCGUUACUUCAACAUUGCCGAGAAUGAGGCUGAGGAAGAAGAUUGAUACUUUCUUUCAUCAUUUUGUUUCUAUUCUAUCAUUUAUUUUUGCAGUGUUUAGUAAUUUCUAUCCAGAGACCAGAAUACCAAUUUUGCCAUCCAAUGGAUUGUAGGAUUUGUUGCACCAGCAGGAAGUUUAAAAUUUUCCUAUCAAAUGAAGAUUCUACCUA